GGGGCAGGCAACCAGUGGGUGGUGUGUGACGAGUGUGUGACUGUACCUUACUGAAGGCCCAAUCACCAGAAAAGCCACUGGACAAAACACAAGAUGCUCUGUAAUCCAUACAUCAUUCAGCGCUCUGACACACUUGGAAGAUAUCUGGCUGCAUCACGUGAUAUUAAACCAGGAGAAGUAAUCCUGAAGGAGAGGCCACUGGUGGUGGGUCCUCGAGUGGACUCUAACCCAAUUUGUCUGGCCUGUUACAAGCCACUCCCCCUGAGUCAGCAACCCCGCUGUUCACUGUGUCUGGUGGCUCCAGUCUGUGGUGUUCACUGCGAACGCAGUAGAGCACACAAUGACACAGAAUGCAACAUCCUGAAGGAAGCAGCAAGGAAGGACCAGUUAGUUCUGCCAAAUAACAGCCAGAUAGUACUGCCUUUGAGAUGCCUAUUACAACUUCGAAAUUCAUCUACAGAUUCCAAAUGGACAUCAUUCCUAGAACUAGAGUCACAUGAUGAGAAAAGGAGGGGCACCCUCAUAUGGAGGGAUCACCAACUCAAUGUAAUAGAUGUGCUCCAGUCACAUGGCCUACUCACACUGGCAGAAGACACAGAUUGUGUGCAGAGAAUAUGCGCAAUUCUGGACGUCAACAGUUUUGAACUUCGUGGUCCACCAACAAAAUCAGGAGAGAGAGAGAGACUGAGAGGGGUGUACCUGAAGGCAGCACUCAUGGCCCACGACUGUGUUGCCAAUACACAUCUGGCUGUGGAUGACGAUUUCCAGAUGACUGUUCAUGCCAGCAUAACAAUACCACAAGGACAUCCCAUUUACUUUAACUACACAAGUGCUAUGCAGGGAACCUGGGAUAGACAAAUGCAUCUACGAGAAGGCAAAUAUUUCGACUGUACCUGUAGAAGAUGUUCUGAUCCCACUGAAUUGGGGACACAUAUGAGCUCUAUUCACUGUGUUCACUGUUACAAAGGUUUAAUCACAUCAACAAAUCCCACAGCAACUAGAAUUCCACAAGAACAAGCAAAACAAAUGAACAGUGCAUGGGAAUGUAACAGCUGCAAACAUCGAUAUCAACCCAACCUCAUAGCAACAACAGUAUCAUUAGCACGUUGUCAACUUAAUGACAUUGAUAGAAGUGAUGCUCCAGCUAUGGAAGACCUUUUAUGCCGACUGCUAAGGACAUUUCCACCACAGCAUUUUGUAAUAUUAGAAUUGAAACAGGCUCUAGUUGCUACAUAUCGUGACAUGAUUCUUCAACAGCCGAAUCCUUCAAGAAAGAUUUUAAACAGAAAGAUUGAACUCUGCCGAGACAUGCUCCCAGUACUACAAGUGGUUGAACCAGGAAUUUCCAGGCUACAAGGAAUUGCGCUGUAUGAGCUACAGAACCCCAUAGUGAUGCUGGCAAUGAGAGAAAUGGACACUGGGGACACUUCUUCUAAAGACACACUCAAGAGGCUCAGAGAAGCAGAGGGCUAUCUCCGUGAAGCAGUCACACAACUGCUGUAUGAACCAACACACUCCCCUGAGGGUCAACUGACCAGGGUCGCAAUGCAGGACCUGAAAAACCUACGAUAUAACAUCCAGAACAUAGAGAUGAUGAUCACUGAGAAUGGGAGUGAACACAUAUCAAGAGUUACACCUGGAACUUCUAAGAAAAAAAGAGGACAGAAAAAGAAAAUAUGAUUGCUUAUAAAUAUAGUUUCAACAAUUCAGUUCCCCACAAAACUGUUCAUAUAUCACUAAUCAGUUUCUUAAUUAUAGUUUUUUUUGAGUUGGUACUACAGAAGUAACUUUCCUCUGAGAAUUCUAAGUAGCCCAAUCCAAAACUUAUUUAACCAAGUAAUGUAUCCUUGGAAUGCUGAAUAAGGAUCAAGCGCCAAAGGGAGAUCCUGCACCAGGAAGUUUGGAAACAAUAUCAUAAGACUGUAGUCAGAAUACUUGCAGUUAAUUCUCCACAUUCAAAAUAAACUUUACUGAACUUGGACCAUCACAUAAACUGAUACACCCGUCAUUUAAAAAAUAUAACUCCUUUCUCUUUUUUUUCACAUAUGAAUACAAUUCCUUCUAGAAAGAAAAAUACUGUACCACAAAAUAUUUACAUUCCACACAUCCUUCACUGUAUAAGCCAAGGAUGUGGAAUCCAAUAUACAUAAAACUACCGAGAGCAGAAGAUAAAAGGUACACUUUCAAUGCUCACUUAAAUACUUUUACAUCACGACUUGUACAUUUAAUGUUCGACAGAAACAUAUCGAAUACCUUGAUUACUGCACAGCAUGCACCUUUCUAAUAAUUAGCGAAGUUAGUAUUCGACAUAUGAAGAUCAAGUUUAUGUUUUGUACCUCUAUCACGUACAUUAAAAUAUUUGAAACUUAAUGUUAUUCACAAUGAAACAGUGGUGAAAGUUUAAUUUAUUCGAAAAGGAGAGUAUAUUAAAUCUGUUAAAUAUA